GGGGGGUGGGGGGUCCGCCGGGCCCUGACCCCCCCCCCCCGAACCCCCCCGCCUCUCUCCCCCCCACGCUUUGACAGGGGGGAAGUGGGGGGGGGGCCACGCUGAGCCCGCCCCGCUCGUGACACAGGUGGCUGAGUCCGUGCGGAGGGACCGACCGAUCCGGGGGGCUCGGAGCGGGCUUUGGGGGGGCUGCCGCGUGCCUUGACUCCCCCUUUCCCCCCCCUCCAGACCCCCGGCGCGCCGAGGAUGAUCGGGGGGGCCCCGCGAGCCCCCCAAGAGCCCAGGGGCGCCGGGAGCUGAGCUGUGGGGUCCCCGCGCCCCCCCCUCCAAGAUGUCCUACUUCACCGAGCACUUCUGGGGCGAGAAGAACCACGGCUUCGACGUGCUCUACCACAACAUGAAGCACGGGCAGAUCUCCACCAAGGAACUGGCUGACUUCGUCCGGGAGAGGGCCGCCAUCGAGGAGAACUACGCCAAGGCCAUGGUGAAGCUGUCGAAGAUGGCCACCAACGGGACCCAGCUGGGGACUUUCGCGCCGCUGUGGGAGGUUUUCCGCAUCUCCUCGGACAAGCUGGCCCUGUGCCACCUGGAGCUGAUGAAGAAGCUGCACGACCUCAUCAAGGAGAUCUCCCGCUACGGGGAGGAGCAAGGCCGGGUGCACAAGAAGUCCAAGGAGGAGGUGUCGGGGACGCUGGAGGCCGUGCAGCUCCUGCACGGGGUGGCCCAGCUGCUGCCCAAGUCCAAGGAGAGCUACCACAGCAAGUGCCAGGAGUACGAGCGGCUGCGCAAGGAGGGCACCAGCCAGAAGGAGAUCGACAAGGCGGAGCUCAAGUCCCGGAAGGCGGGCGAGGCUCUGCGCAGGGCGGUCGACAAGUACAACGCGGCCCGGGCCGACUUCGAGCAGAGGAUGCUGGACUCGGCCAUGCGCUUCCAGGAGGUGGAAGAAGCCCACCUCCGCCACAUGAAGGGGCUCAUCGGCUCCUACUCCCACUCGGUGGAGGACACGCACGUCCAGAUCGGGCAGGUCCACGAGGAAUUCAAGCAAAACGUGGAAAACAUCGGCACCGAGAUGCUGCUCCGGAGGUUUGCGGAGAGCAAGGGAACGGGGAGGGAGCGGCCAGGAGCGCUGGAUUUCGACGAGUACCGGCUGGCUCCAGCGCAGGAAGGACCCAAGAGGAGCCGGAGUAAAGCUUUCCGGAUCCCUGGGCUGAGCCGUAAGGAGAGGGAGCGUGAUGCUGUGGAAUCCCCGGAUAACGACGUGGGCUGCCCGGAGGUGGACGAGGACGGAUUCACCGUGCGCCCCGACAUCGCCCGCACCGAGGCGGAGAAUCCCGGCUGCUCCUCCAGCGACUCCGACUACGACGAGGACGAACCGCGCAAGUUUUACGUCCACAUCAAACCGGUGCAGCCCCGGGAGGGACCCGGCAGCGCCGAGGCCUCCGUGGAGCAGCUCAAGGCCACCGUGGGGAACCUCAUCCUUCCCCCCGGAAUUGGGGGCACCGUCAGGCGACAGUCGUCACGACACGUGGCAUCCCUGACCCCGGCCCCGAGUGACACGGACCCCGAGGGGACGCUGGCGGCGGGUGACAGCACAGGGAGGGGUCUCCCCGCAGCACAGGUGAACAGCGGCCCUGGGAAGAUGCCCCCGGACUCGGUGCCCCCCGCCGCUCUCUUCGGGCCCCCCCUGGAGUCGGCGUUCGAAGCCGAGGAUUUCCCGGCCCCCCGUGCCUACGUCCUCACCUCCUCCUCCUCACCCUUCUCCUCCUCCUCCCCGGAGAACGUGGAGGACUCCGGCCUGGACUCACCCUCCCACCCCGCGCCCGGACCCUCCCCGGACUCCAGACCCUGGACCCCCCAGCCGGGGACGCCGCAGAGCCCCCUCCCCAAGCAGGGCGGCCUCCCGGACCCCCCCCCGCCCCCCAGCCCCCGGGACCCCGGUGCCUGGGCCCCCCGGCCCCACAGCCCCUCCGGCCGCCUCCCCGAGCCCCCCAACUUUGCCGUGUUCGGCGGCCCCGGGGCCGAGGGGCUCUGGGGAGACGGGGGGGCUGCUCCCCGGGGCCGCAGCCGCUGCCUCAGCGGCCCAGCCCCCCGGGAAGCCCCCUCGCCCGACCCUUUUGGGGAGCCCCCGCCGUGGGUCAGACCCCGCAGCCCCGGGGGGGACCAGCCCCCGCUGACGUGUCCUUCCUCCAACUCGGCCUCCUCCUCCUCCUCCUCGCCGGCCCCCCUGAGUGGGGGGGAGUCCUCCAGCCCCUCUCCGUGGACCUGCCAAGGGUCGGGGACGAGGCUGAGUGAGGGGGGCACGUCGGGGGCCCCCACGUCGCAGUCGGAGCCGGAUUCUCUCCCCGCCUGGCCCAGCGCAGCCCCCCGGGACGUCCCUCUCGUGGCCCCCCCUCGCCGCUCCCGCGCCAAGCGGCCGCCGGCCGGCCCUGCCGUGGGCAGCAACAGCGACCUGUCCCGCUCGCUGAGCCCCUCGCCCUCCUGGAGCUGCGGCCCCUCGCACUCGGCGCCCGCCAGCCUGAGCGAGCGCGGCUUCUUCGCCGUGUCCCAGCCGGCCCUCGGGCUGUCUCGGGGUCCCAGCCCCGUGGUGCUGGGCUCGCAGGACGCGCUGCCCGUGGCCACCGCCUUCACCGAGUACGUGCACGCCUACUUCAAGGGCCGCGACGCCGACAGCAGCUGCCUGGUGAAGGUGACGGGGGAGCUCACCAUGUCCUUCCCCGCCGGCAUCGUCCGCGUGUUCAGCGGCACCGCGGCCCCCCCCGUGCUCAGCUUCCGACUGCUCAACACGGGGGCCAUCGAGCACUUCCUGCCCAACACCGACCUGCUCUACAGCGACCCCUCCCAGAGCGACCCCAGCACCAGGGACUUCUGGCUGAACAUGGCAGCGCUGACGGGGCAGCUGCAGCGGCAGGCGGAGCAGAGCCCGGCCGCCUCCUACUACAACGUGGCUCUGCUCAAGUACCAGUUCUCGCGGCUGGGCCCCGGCUCGGCGCCGCUGCGGCUCUGCGUGCGCUGGGACUGCGCGCCCGGGGCCACGCGGGUCAGCGUCGACUACGGCUACAACGCCGGCGCCCUGGCACUGCCCGUGCCCCUCGCCAACGUCCACGUCCUGCUGCCCGUCGAGGAGCCCCUCACCAACCUCCGCCUGCAGCCCGCGGCCAGCUGGAACCUGGAGGAGAAGAGGCUGCUCUGGAAGCUGCUGGACGUCCCCAGUGCCCCGGGGCAGGGAGGCUGUGGCCGGCUCUCGGCCAGCUGGGAGCCCCUGGGGGGGCCCAGUAAGCCCAGUCCCGUGGCCGCCCAGUUCAGCAGCGAGGGCAGCACCUUGUCGGGGGUGGAGGUGGAGCUGGCGAGCGCCGGGUACCGGAUGUCGCUGGUCAAGAAGAGGUUUGCUACAGGGAUCUACCUGGCGGGGUCCUGAGCCACCUCCCGCCGGACCCUCCGAGCCCCCCGGGCUUCCCCCUUGGUUGUGUGAACUUGAAACACUGGCUGGAGGCCGGCUGGGGAGGGGGGGGUGCUGCGGGGUGGGAGCCCCCCUUUUCCUCCUCCUCCUCCUCCUCCUCCUCCUCCUCCUCCUCCUCUCCUUGUUCCCCCUCCCCGUGGCUGUCACCGCGUCAGACCCCCCUUCCGCCCUCCCCCGUGCUGUGAAGGGAGCAGGAGCUGCUCUUUUAUUAAACACUUUAUUUUCUAAUAA